UUUCCCUGAGCCCAGGCUUCAACACCUCCCUCUGACCCACCUCCAUUCUGGGAACAAAGUGAGCAGGGCAGGCUACCCUCUGGCCAAGAACAGGGCAUUCUACAUUCCAUGGCCACCUGAGGCAGCUGCAGGCUGGACUGAAAGGACUCUUCCAGCACAGGAAAGAGGCUGUCUUCAACAGCUUGCAGAGGAGGAGGCCAGCUGCCAUUGAGUUACUCACAUCGCUGGCUUCUUCCCCCACAUAUUUGCCUGAACUAUCACCCUUUGUUCUCGUCUUAUUAUGAAAGAUGGCCCUUCCUCACCUGGCUCCUCUGGGAAACAGAACUGCCUGGGGUGACACUGGGAGGCAUGACUCAGGGCUACCAGGGAGAAUUCGGAUGACUAACUCAUGACUUCAGAGAAUUUACGUCCAGGCUCAUUGUGUUCGGAUCAAGUCAAGGCUGGAAGGCAGGAGAAUUUGCUCCAUGACUAAAGGAAGCCAAAAGCAAUCUUCAUGUAUCAUACCUUUCUAGAACUUGGGGGUGAUCUCAUUAUUUGUAAAGCCCUGCCCUUCCCACUCUACAAGCUCACCUUCAGGACCUAGCCCAGCCCAUCUAUACCAUAUAUAAGCAGCUGCCCAGAGCCGAUCAUCCUCAUCUGCCCAGCUCUGCCCUGCAGUACCUCCACUUCACAGACUUCUCAUCUACAGGAACCAUGUCUACCAAAACCACCAUCAGGAGUCAAACCAGCCACCGUGGCUUCAGUGCCAGCUCAGCCAGAGUGCCAGGGCUCAACCGUUCUGGUUUCAGCAGUGUGUCUGUGUGCCGCUCCCGGGGCAGUGGUGGCUCUGGGGCUGUGUGUGGAGGAGCUGGCUUUGGCAGCAGGAGUCUCUAUGGUGUGGGGAGCUCCAAGAGGAUCUCCAUUGGAGGGGGCAGCUGUGGCAUUGGAGGAGGCUAUGGCAGCCGAGUUGGAGGAGGCUUCGGCUUUGGAGGAGGAGCCGGCAGUGGAUUUGGCUUCGGUGGAGGAGCUGGCUUUGGUGGUGGCUAUGGGGGUGCUGGUUUCCCUGUGUGCCCCCCUGGAGGCAUCCAAGAGGUCACCGAACCUUUGAACCUGCAAAUUGACCCCACAAUCCAGAGGGUGAGGACUGAGGAACGUGAGCAGAUCAAGACCCUCAACAACAAGUUUGCCUCCUUCAUCGACAAGGUGCGGUUCCUGGAGCAGCAGAACAAAGUCUUGGACACCAAGUGGGCCCUGCUGCAGGAGCAGGGCACGAAGACCGUGAGGCAGAACCUGGAGCCAAUGUUUGAGCAGUACAUCAGCAACCUCAGGAGGCAGCUGGACAGCAUCCUUGGGGAGAGGGGCCGCCUGGACUCAGAGCUGAGGAACAUGCAGGAUACAGUGGAGGACUACAAGAACAAAUAUGAAGAUGAAAUCAACAAGCGUACUGCAGCAGAGAAUGAAUUUGUGACACUGAAGAAGGAUGUAGAUGCAGCCUACAUGAAUAAGGUUGAACUGCAAGCCAAGGCAGACAGUCUGGCAGAUGAGAUCAACUUCCUGAGAGCUCUCUACGAUGCAGAACUGUCUCAGAUGCAAACUCACAUCUCAGACACAUCUGUGGUCCUCUCCAUGGACAACAACCGCAGCCUGGACCUGGACAGCAUCAUUGCUGAGGUCAAGGCCCAAUACGAGGAGAUUGCUCAGAGGAGCCGGGCUGAGGCUGAAUCUUGGUACCAGACGAAAGUGAGUACUGAGCUGAAUGGUGAAGGUGUUGGACCAGUCAACAUCUCUGUGGUGCAGUCCACCGUGUCCAGCGGCUAUGGCAGUGCAGGUGGUGCCAGCAGCAGCUUGGGCCUAGGAGGAGGCAGCAGCUACUCCUACAGCAGCUGGCUGGGCCCUGGGGGGGGGUGUGACCUCCAAGUGUGUAAAGCCCUGGACUUCCCACUCUACAAGCUCACCUUCAGGACCUAG